AUGUCACAGAAGCUGCAGGUUCUGUCCGAUGGGGAUGAAAGCAGUGGACGUUAUAACUGUGAGGCGAGGCCGUGCAGGGAGGCGGGUCGGACGAAGGCUUCCAUCAAACUCCCAGCAGGUCCUCCAAAUCAUCUGCGAAACUUCAAGGUGAUGCUUUGGAUGCUGGCGUGCGUCCUGACUCUGGCAGAAGGGGCGAUUCCUGGGGCGGGCAGGGAGCUAGACCCCCGGCUCAACCUGGACGCAGCGGGCCGCCAGCCCCCACCCACCCCGGAGGUGGAGGGCAGAGAGGUCCGUCGGGACGUCCACAGCUCAUGGGGCGCCCUGCUGGCCAACCUGCCGCAUUCGGACAGAGCCGACCUUCACCGCGGCCGCCUCGCACGCUCUCCUUCCGGCUCCACCCCGCUCAAGAGCUCGCGGAAGAACCGGAAGAAGUCCAAAGGCAGCCGGGACUGCCGCAUGGAGAGGAAGGAGAUGCGGGUCCGAGACCUCGGACUGGGUUUCGAUUCGGAUGAGAUCGUCCUGUUCAAGUACUGCGCUGGCACUUGCCGCAGCUCGCGGUUGAACUACGACCUGGCGCUCAAGACUCUGAUGGACAAUCGGACCAUAUCUAAGCAGGCUGCCAAGAAGGUGAGCGCGCACCCCUGCUGCCGGCCUACCCGCUAUGAGACCGUGUCCUUUAUGGACGCCCAGACCACUUGGCGGACGAUUGAGUCCCUGUCGGCAGCCAGCUGUAGCUGUGUGGGCUGA